GAAAGAAAGCCUCGUACCAGUUCUGUUCAUCCUUGCUACGCCCACUCCUUGCAGCGCUGGCAGAAGCAUCGCCCCAUGUGCUCCUACAUUCAGCUCAUCGUCCUCAAAUGAAUUGUGAUCACAGAGUGCGGUUUUUGCUGUGUUCCGGAGUUCCGAUUACAGAGAAGUAGCUCCAAAGUCGAAUCUGGGAUCAAGGAUUCGAGUUGAUGGCGUGGAAGGAGACCGAUGGUGCUAAUGGCAGAGAGAGAGACGCCACUGGUGAUAAUGGCUGCUUGAAAGGACGACGUUCUUCUACUGAUAGGAAUGGUUCUCCUCUAUCCAUCUCUCCCGCACAGAAGAAAUUCGAAGGGAAAAAUUCUCUGUCUUAUGCCAACAUCCUUCGCUCCAGAAAUAAGUUUGUCGAUGCUCUUGCUAUCUAUGAGAGCGUCUUGGCCCAGGAUAGUGAGAACGUUGAAGCUCACGUAGGCAAGGGAAUCUGCCUUCAGAUGCAGAACAUGGGUCGUCUUGCUUUUGAGAGUUUCGCAGAAGCCGUUAGGCUCGACCCACAAAAUGCUUGCGCUCUCACUCAUUCUGGUAUUCUUUACAAGGAUGAAGGUCACCUGAUGGAGGCUGCUGAGUCAUAUCAGAAGGCUUUAAGAGCAGAUCCAUCAUAUAAACUAGCUUCCGAAUGUCUAGCAAUUGUCGUGACAGAUAUUGGAACCAGAUUAAAACUGACUGGCAGUACACAGGAGGGAAUCCAAAAGUACACUGAAGCUCUUAAAAUAGACCCCCACUAUGCUCCUGCCUAUUAUAACCUUGGGGUUGUUUAUUCGGAGAUGAUGCAAUAUGAUAUGGCUCUUAGUUGCUAUGAGAAGGCUGUACAGCAGAGACCUAUGUAUCCUGAGGCAUAUUGUAACAUGGGGGUCAUCUAUAAAAACCGUGGGGAUUUGGAGUUAGCUAUUGCUUGCUAUGAGAGGUGUUUGGCUGUGUCACCAAACUUUGAGAUUGCAAAGAAUAAUAUUGCAAUUGCCUUGACAGACUUGGGAACAAAGGUCAAACUGGGGGGAGACAUGAAUCAAGGUGUGGCGUACUACAAGAAGGCUUUGUAUUACAAUUGGCACUACGCAGAUGCAAUGUAUAAUCUUGGUGUUGCAUAUGGUGAAAGCCUUAAUUUUGAUAAGGCAGUUGUGUUCUAUGAACUUGCAUUGCACUUCAAUCCCCACUGUGCAGAGGCAUGCAACAAUUUAGGAGUAAUCUACAAGGACCGAGACAACCUUGAUAAAGCUGUGGAGUGUUAUCAGAUGGCUUUGUCAAUCAAUCCAAACUUCUCUCAAUCUCUAAACAACCUUGGUGUUGUAUACACUGUCCAGGGUAAAUUGGAUGCUGCAGCAAGCAUGAUUGAGAAAGUUAUUGUUGCAAACCCCACAUAUGCAGAAGCAUACAAUAACUUAGGGGUCCUCUAUAGAGAUGCGGGCAAUAUAUCUCAGGCUAUUGAAGCAUAUGAACAAUGUCUUAAGAUAGAUCCUGAUUCUCGUAAUGCUGGCCAGAACCGAUUGCUUGCCAUGAAUUACAUAAACGAAGGGAAUGAUGAUAAACUCUUCGAAGCUCAUAGGGAUUGGGGUAGGCGGUUUAUGAGGUCAUAUCCACAGUACACAUCUUGGGACAAUCCAAAAGAUCCAGAGCGGCCACUUGUUGUUGGAUAUGUCUCUCCAGAUUAUUUUACUCAUUCAGUAUCAUAUUUCAUUGAAGCACCCCUUGUCUAUCAUGACUUUUCAAAUUACAAUGUUGUCGUGUACUCUGCAGUAGUGAAGGCGGAUGCCAAAACUGCUAGAUUUAAAGAUCAAGUUUUGAAAAAGGGUGGGUUGUGGAGAGAUAUUUAUGGGAUUGAUGAGAAAAAAGUCGCAAAUAUGGUUAGAGAAGAUAAGGUUGACAUCUUGGUUGAACUCAGUGGUCAUACUUCUAACAAUAGAUUAGGAAUGAUGGCUUGCAGACCAGCACCUGUCCAGGCGACCUGGAUUGGCUACCCAAACACCACUGGUUUGCCUACCAUCGACUAUAGAAUCACUGAUUCACUAGCUGAUCCCUUGGACACUAAGCAGAAGCAUGUUGAGGAGCUAGUUCGGUUGCCUGGCUGCUUCCUUUGUUACACACCAUCUCCUGAAGCUGGGCCUAUUUCUCCAAGUCCUGCUCUUUGUAAUGGUUUUGUUACUUUCGGGAGCUUUAAUAAUCUUGCAAAGAUAACACCAAAAGUUCUGCAAGUUUGGGCAAGGAUACUUUGUGCAGUUCCAAAUUCCAGGUUAGUGGUGAAGUGUAAACCAUUCUGUUGUGAUAGCGUAAGACAGAGGUUUCUUACAAUACUGGAGCAGUUGGGACUGGAAUCACAGCGUGUUGAUCUUCUGCCAUUAAUCCUUCUAAACCAUGAUCAUAUGCAAGCAUAUUCCCUCAUGGAUAUUAGCCUGGACACUUUCCCAUAUGCAGGAACAACCACAACUUGCGAAUCUUUGUACAUGGGGGUUCCAUGUGUCACUAUGGCAGGUUCAGUACAUGCCCAUAAUGUUGGUAUCAGCCUUCUCAGUAAAAUUGGUUUGGAGCAUCUGAUUGCAAAAAGUGAGGAUGAGUAUGUCCAGUUGGCACUGCAAUUGGCCUCUGAUGUUACAGCUCUCUCCAACCUGAGGAUGUCUCUCCGGGAUCUCAUGACGAAGUCCCCAGUGUGUGAUGGACAAAACUUCACCCUGGGUUUAGAAGCAGCAUAUCGAAACUUAUGGCGCAGGUACUGUAGAGGUGAUGUGCCAUCUUUGAGGCAUAUGGAAAUGUUACAGCUGCAGCAGCUGCAGCAGGUGCCUGGCGAGCCAGCCAUGAAGUUAUCAGAGCCUACCAAGAUCACAACCCUGAUGGAGAAUUCUCCAGCAUCUGUCAAGACUAAUGGCUUCAACACUGCCCUGCCAUCUGAAUGAACCUUUCAACUUGGGAGGGAAGGUCAGAUGAUUUAGAUUAUGAGUCGGAAAAAUUGAGGUGAGACACCC